AUGGCACCCGUGGAGCGUGAAGCUCCGAGAGACGGGGAUCGUCCUCUGAGACACCAACAUUCAAUGUCCUCCGAUCAGGGGAGAGCGUUGGUGCCUAUGUGGGAUAGCUCAGAUCCUGAUAGAGCGCCGCCGCCCCUACCUUUAAACCCACAGUCGCCCAGCGUUGGCACCUCUAGAAAAGGAACAUCGAGCGCCAUCCAGUCUGCCCAUGCCGCUCUCACAGAGAGAGCGAGAGAGAGCGCAAUGCUUCCGGCACCGCUCACCAAGAGGAACACCGAUAUGUCGCCUGACCGUUCGCUUAUCAGAGGCUCUCAGCACAAACGGAUGCAGUCCCUCCAGCCAGGAACUGUCAGAGACCUCAGUUUACUCCUAGAAGGUGGCCAGCAGUCAAACCCCCCAUCCCCAACCAAGUCGCCAGAGCGAUCUACUCGACCCUCAACCCCGGCGUCGAAAAGGCGAGAUAGCUUCUCAGAUACUAAAUCCUCCGAAAAGGAGGCCACAACUCCGUCGUCAGCUCCGAGUCUGACACCAAUCGUCCGUCCGACUGUUAGGAGGCAACAACAGAGCAUUUUAGGCGAAAAUACGCCACCCCAGUCUGCGACGAUGCUUGCUAUUCAAAACAUGCCACUCCAGGGGCCAAAAGAACAGGAAAACACACCCUCCAAUGGUGGUAAUGGCUCAACUGCCCUCAUGAAAGCACCUCAGUCAGUUGAAGCCCUUUCUGGACAGCUUCUUAGCCUCACCAGCAUUGCAACUGCUCUUCAAAAGGACAUGGCUCAACUGAGCCGUAGAAGUCGGGACAACGCUACGGACUUGUUGAGCCUAAAAGAAGCUACUAAAGCGAGAGAUGAGGAUAUUCGCAAGAGUUUGAGAGAGCUCAUCAACAAUGCCCACGACUCAACCGUAAGGCCGUCUUCCCGCGAUCAUUUCACCAGCAGUCUUUUCCUCGACACGAAGUCUCAGCAUACCUCCCCGCCUCCUCCCAAAGCUGCUCGCCCCUUUUCAUUGCCCAGAAUCCCGUCCCCUAAUAGCUUCGCUGCAUCAAUUGACAGAGACUCGCUGAGUACUCCAUCCCUCUGCAACUCGGAAUCUCCUGCCACGAUAGCCAUACUGGACAAGAUUAUCAGAGACAUGGGCACAAAGGAGGGGCAUGAUCUGCUGCUGGCCCGUCUGACUGAUGUGGCUGAAAAGCUUGCCGGUGUUGCUCCAGCUUCCAAAGUGGAUGAACUCAUACAGUUAGUCAAAGACAGAUCAGACAACAAUGUUGCCGUAUCUCAAGGCAACAACGGAAAUGGGAGCGGUAAUGAGAACCGACCCCGUAUGGCUGGGUUUGACGACUACGAAAACAGCAGCGUUUUCGACUUCGACCCUGGCUACGCCAGCCAAUUGACUCAUAGAUCAGAGAGGGCGGCAUGCAAUGAGCCGGAUUCAAGAUCUGCCACAAUGCCGACCAACGCCUCUGGCCUCGUUAGUGACGAGCUUCUCAAGAUCAUUCGUUCCGUGAAGGACAGCGUCGCUCAAGGCGGUGGCCUCACUGCUGAAGUCAAGGCUCUAGUGAGAGAGCUACGCGGGGAAGUGUUGGGAAUGGGACGUGAGAUCGGCAGGAAGUUGGACGAGGUCAACACGCAGAUUGUGCCGUCAGAAUCUUCAGAAACAAACGAUCAAAUGUCGAGGAUCAUCCACGAGGGCCUUGACCAAAUGAAAGAGCAGAUGGAUGAGGUGCUUCGAGAACAUCGAAGACAGUCAACAAACUCCGUGUCUUCGAGAGCCAGCGUGGUGGACUACCAAGAGAUCUAUAACGCCAUGAGAGCCGCUCUCCGAGACUCACAGGCCUCGCAGGCCAAGGCUCCUGAGCUGAGUCGCGAAGAUGUAAUCGAUGCCAUCAAAGAUGCCUGGGAAAAUUAUAAGCCCGAAGUUGAGCACCAGGACCUUGGUCUUGGACAGGAGGAGAUCUUGGAGUAUCUCAAGGAGGGCCUGCAGGAAUACGUCAAGCAAGACCCACAUCCCGUUGGAGCUUCCAGGGAGGAGGUAUUUCAAGCAGUGGUUGAAGGCCUGAAGCAUUUUGUGCCACCGCGUGUAGAUACACCAGCCAGCCUCUCCAGAGAUGAGAUACUUGACGCAGUCCGGGAGUGCUUGGAAGAAUUCGAAUUUCCGGUAGCCCCCUCGGCUUUCAAUUCGGAACUCACCCGGGAAGAUAUGCUCCAUGCUGUCAAAGAGGGCCUGGGUGAGUAUGAGCUACCGACCGCGGGUUCUCUCGUCCCUCAUCAAAUCAAGAAUGAUGAGAUUGUUGCCAGGCUGCAGGAAAUAACGGACUAUAUGCGGAGUGAGUUCCGAACGGCAUCAGAGGUGGCAAAGCAAAGUAUUGCAACCAGUAGCCGCAACUCGGAACAGCUUCUGGGAAUGACUAAGGACGGUCUCGAUAAGUUACGGAACGAUAUGCAGGAAUACAUGAGCCAUCUCAGUACUAAUGCUUCUGGUAAUGAUGAAAUCACCCAGACACUGCUUGGUACUUUGGAUACCUUCAGAGACGACAUGACUUUAUUAGUCGAUCGCGUUUCAAGCGACUCAAGAUCAACCAUUGAGAAUCAUUUCGAGUCUUUGCGCGACACCGUCAACUCAUCCAUGGUACCGGUAACCCCCCAAAUUAACCAAAAGGAAAUUAUCGAAGCUGUGCGGGAUGGUGUCGACAGCGUGCGUGCAGAGUUGCGUCGUCCCUUUGCUGGGGUCACAGAAAUUCUCGAUGCCCUUCAUGAUGGGUUGGCGGAUCUGCGCAUAAGUAUAGACAAGGUCAGCAACCGCCCUACAGAUCUAACUGCAAACGACGAGAUUCUUGACGCAUUAAGAUCUGGGCUUGACAGUGUUCGCUCAGAUAUCGAUGGACUCCGAGAGCAGCAUGGUCAGAAUGACAGGGCUUUGACGACGAUGAAUGAUGGCGCUGUUGUACCGGCAGAUGCACUGAAACAGGACGAUAUCAAGAACCUUGAAGUACUCAUCACUCAGCUUCGCAUCAAGAUUGAGGCGAUAGAGCCGAGCAGUCUUGAAUCAGCCUCCAAGGAAGAUCUCAUGCGCAUGGAGGGCUUGCUUCACUCUCUGCAGGAAUCCGCCUCCAAGGACGAUAUGCUACGCCUUGAGGACAUGCUCCGACUUGUUCAGGAGUCGGUGUCCAAGGACGACUCAUCCCGAAUUGAAGAAGUCUUACUUAGCACUCAGGAUUCUGUAUCCAAGGAAGACCUGGCACGACUCGAGGAGGCGCUCCACGAUAUUCAAGAGACUGUUAAGCCCAAAGGCAGCGGGACAAGCAAUCCGGCCAGCAAUGAAGCUGCUUCAAAAGAGGAUGUCCAAGCUAUCGAAACUAUACUCCGCAAUACCAAGGGCCGGUUAGAUGACCUUAUCGACAGCGAACAGGCAGUACGCAAAGAGCACCUGGACAGUCUUGAGAACAUUAUCCUAGAGACUAGAGAGACUAUCAAUCUCAUCACCACCCAGAUGGACAGUCUUUCACGAAAGGACGAUGUUACGACUGUCGAGUCGCUGGUCACACAGGUCGCUGCGGGCUUCGAAGAAAUGAAGGAAAAUGCUGCGAAACAGCUAGAAGAUCCCGAACGCGUGACUAAGACCGAUGUCGACGCUGUCGAGGCUGUUUGUUUGGAUAUCAAGAAUGUGUUUGAUCAGAUGCUUAAAACAGACCUGGCAACGCUUGCGACCAAGGAGGAUCUGAAAAGGACGGAAACAGCGCUCGAGGAACUCAGGGCACCGGUGGAGGGCCUCAAGGCUCCUCUAGACGAGCUCAAGACUCCGCUUCAGGAGUUGAAGUCGCCCUUAGAGGAACUCAAGGCACAGCUUGAUGCUUUGAACGAGUCUCACGCCAAGGGAAGCGAAGAACGUCAAGCUGAAAUUGUUGGUGUUAGUGAGAGGAUUUCCGAAGUCAAGACGUUUCUGGAGGAAUUUCAAGGUCUGUUCAAGAGCAGGCUUGGAGAUGGAGUUACUGGUAUUGAAACUCUUGCCAAACUCCUCGAAGGCGUUUCAACCACGGUGGAGCGCAACUCGUCAAUAGGCCAGGAGCUGAAAGAUCUCACUGACACGAUGAAGAUGGAAUUCGAAGAAUCCAAGGCUGGUGUAGUUGGCGCCAAGCUAGAGUCGGAUGAGAAGUUCCAGCAGACUACCGAAGCUCUGAGUGCCAAGAUCGACGAAAAGGUAACAGAACUCAUGGUCAAGUACGACGAAUUCCAAGUUGCCCUCGAGGAUCGCACGAGGACGGGAGAGGCUCGAGACGCCGAUACUGCAGCAGCUGUGCUGGGUACCAAGGCAGUCGCGGAGGAUCUCAAGUCGCUCGUCGACACAUUAGGGUCAGCUGUUACCGAUUCGAUGGAGAAGAUGGAGGAAGCGUCCAAGACCGUUUUUAACAAGGUGGAGGACCUCAUGAGUCGCUCGGAGGAAAACCACACAGAAGGAAAAGCUGAGCACCAGCAAACCCGCGAUCACUUGAAGCAAGCUCUUGAAGCCGUCGAAGGCCUGCAGGGACAUGUAGGCGAGGUCCAACCACAGAUUCUCGAGGCUGUCAAGAAUAUCUCCCUCAUUGUCGGUCAACAUUAUGACUAUGCCAAGGCGUCAACAACAGAUAUCCAGCAACUUAUUGAGGAAGCCAAACCACCCGAGCAUGCGCUCCUACCACCGCCUGAAAAGUACUACGACGACACAGUGUUGCUUGAAAAGCUUGACAAGCUGACCGAAUAUGCUAUGAUUCCUGUCGAAAAAUAUGACGAUGCACCAGUCCAGGAGAAACUAGACAAAAUUGUCGAACAUGCAUUGGUACCUAUCGAAAAAUACGACGACACAAUCACUCAAGAGAAACUCGACAGGCUCGUCGAACACGUAUUGAUGCCUGUUGAGAAGUAUGAUGAUGCGGCUGUUCAAGAGAAACUCGAUAAGCUCGUUGAACACUCACUUGUGCCUAUUGAGAAAUACGACGACGCAGCUGUUCAGGAAAAGCUGGAUAAACUUGAUACGCACUUACACGAGAAGCUUGACAGACUCGUUGAGCAUGCCCUGCUGCCUGUGGAGAAGUACGACGAUGCAGUUGUCCAAGAGAAGCUCGACAAGCUUGUGGAGCACUCGCUCGUACCUAUCGAAAAAUACGAUGACAAGCCGGUAAACGAGAAGCUUGACAGGCUUGUUGAGCAUGCCCUGUUGCCAGUGGAGAAGUACGACGAUGCAGUUGUCCAAGAGAAGCUUGACAGGCUUGUUGAGCAUGCCUUGCUGCCAGUGGAGAAGUACGACGAUGCAGUUGUCCAAGAGAAGCUUGACAGACUUGUUGAGCAUGCCCUAUUACCCGUUGAAAAGUACGACGAUACAAUGGUUCAUGAGAAACUAGACGGACUAGUCAAUCAUAGCCAUGCAGCUGAAAAGGCGUUUUCCCAACUCGAUACCCUGGAAAAGGUCCACCAACAGGUCAUUCAAACAGCUGCGGAUAUAUCACUCUUCCUCGCCAAUCAAACCAAGAGAAUUACGGAUGAGGAUAACGAGAAAGAGAAAAUGUUACAGGAGACGAUUCUUGCCUUGGAACGCAAGCUAGUUCUUAAGGAGCAAAUCGAGGCAAAUCUUCUUGAUCUGAAGCAAGAGGAAGAGCGGCUAAAGGCGUCUGUGCUUGGACUCAGGACGGAGCAUGAAAGUCUUUUCCGACAGAAGACAAGAUUGACGGGUGAUGUAUCAUCUUUAGAAACAGCGUUGCAUUUGCGCCGAGAAGAGCUUCACGACAUGGAAAUUCGCGCUGAAGGGUUGGAGCGUCGCAUCCUAGAGGGUGUUAUGGACCAUUCCCGAGUCCUCCUUAUGUCAAAAGCAACCAGGGGACGUGACGCUAUGAGCCGGAAACGCGUCCAGACCAAGAAGCCCGGCGGGGAAUCAGGAGCUCCUGAGAAGACCUCGCCUACCGUCAGCUUGGCUCUGUCUGCCAAACGUAAUUUGAAGCCGCCAACCCAGACGGGUGCAGCUCGUCGCAUCUUGUCGCUCAGCCAAAUUACAAACAAUGUGCCCACAGGUGGUGUUCAGCGUAGCCAGAGCGUGAGAACUGCUGGCGCUGGCGGAAAAGGCAUGCGGAAAUCAAGCUGGGCAGGCAGUUUUGCCAAAGGCUAUGGAGAUUUGGACAAGGAGAACAUGACCCUGAAAGAGAGCGAGGAAGAGAAUAUGGCAAAUAUCCCAUUAUCUGAAGAUGCUGUUAUUGAGGCAGAAUCUCGGAUAAGUGGCGAUGAUGCGAGCGACGCCGAAACCUUACGACGAAGCAGCCGUGGCACGACGGUUAUUACGGAAAGUACAGACAACUAUACCGGCGACGGCGAUUACUCGGAUUACUAUGAUGACAUCCAAAGCGACCUGCAGAGCGAUUGGACAGAAAGCGUUGUGAGUUCAACGCUUAGCCAGGAGACAUUGGGAAAUGAGGUUGUCGUGUACGGAGAGCACUAA